AUGGAAGCCCCUCUUGUGUGUUUGGAUGAGGAGUUUGAGGACCUCCGGCCUUGCCGUAUGGAUGAGUUUGAACACCCAGCACUCAACCACUCCUCUUACACCACCACCACUGUCCCACUGGUCGCCAUCACCCGAGAGGACUUCUCUGAGCUGGAGAACUUUUCCGAGAUGAUGAGCUUUAAGUCAAUGGAGGACCUGGUCAACGAAUUUGAUGAGAAACUCAACGUCUGCUUCCACAAUUACAACACCAAGACCGAGGGCCUGGCGCCGAUACGCAACCAGUCACAAAACCAAGAUGAUGAGGAACAGCUGCAGGAUGAAGAGUGA